AACUCGCAUUGCUGGCGUACCCACCUACCGUGUCUGUGGACCAAAGCUUACAUUUCUUAGUGAAGGUGGCAGCCUAGCGACAUCGAACUAAAAACUAGCACCACAAGGAGGUAGGAGACCCUUUACAGAAAUGUGGGCAUGCACGGAGUUGCUGACUAUGUGCCUUCAGGCUGCCAAACAUUCACAGAAGCCCAACUCUGGACCGGAGCGGGACGUGACUUCCAAGCCUGCCGUUGACAGUGGACUGUCCAUCUUCCACGAUAUUUUUCGGAGAGCUGACAAAAAUGAUGAUGGAAAGUUGUCAUUUCAAGAAUUUAAGAACUAUUUUGCAGAUGGAAUUCUCAGCUCCAACCAGUUGCUGGAGAUGUUUACAAGAGCUGAUAAAUCCCACAGAGAUAAUCUGGAUACAGAGCAGCUGUGCGAGUACUUUUCUCAUUUCCUUGGGGAGUAUCAGAGAGUUCUGUCUGCACUAGAUGAAUUGAACAUUGCCAUACUCAUGGCUAUGGACAAAACCAAGCUGGAUUAUGAGAAUUCUUCCACGACGGAACAGUUUGUCACACGCUUCUUGAUCAGGGAAGUCAUGAACCAGCUGCAAUCAUUACAGGGCUCACUUGAGUGUGCAAUGGAGACUAUUGAAGGACAGACAUGUCAGGGAAGGAAUGAAGUGCAGAAGUCCAGUAUGUUAUCGCAGAGGAUGGGACGGCGAUGUGGACGCAGAGGUCUGAAAAGUAUUUGCUUGUCUCCUGUGGAGCCUUACUCCAGUAUUUUAAACUCAGGUACCUCAAAGAGACGCAAGAAUGUUGUGCCAUCACAGAAUGACACUGCAGAUCUUAAGGAACUUGUCAAGGAGCCCACAGGUGUUUAUGCAGAGCCAGAAAAUCCUUGGAUCUCACAGAUUAACAGGUUGCAGCAUCUCAUCGACAAGCUGGAGUGUAAGAGCCUUAGACUUGAACCUCUGAACAAAGAACUAACUGAUGAAACAACUAAUCAUUACAUAGUGGUGGCACAGCGGCAGUUCUCUGUACUUGAAGACGACAUUGAUGAAUUCCGUCAGCUGCUGAAGCAAUACUCCUCAUCUACUCUCAGUCACAGUGCCUGUUUACAUGUUUCAGUUCAAGACCUGUCCAAUGAGGCAUGCUUUAUAGUAUAUGAGUUUUGGCAAGAAAGAACAUCUUGGAGAAGUCACUUACAAUCAGCUCACAGCAAGACCUUCCAGCGAACAAUACAAAACUUUCUGGCAUCCCCUGAGCUUCUUACAACUAUGCUGCUUCCUGCUUCGUGGUGGAUCAUGAACAAAUGAAGAACCUGGAACUACAUUUCCGGGAUUGUCUUGACAGCUACUGACCAGUUCUGUCUACUCCCCAUAUUGUGUUAUCUUAAGAAAAUUAUGUGUUUUACCGCACAGCUGCAGACUCCUGGCUGUUAUGACUCAAUGCACUUGCUUUCUUUCUUUAGUCAAAGUCAAUGGCCACUGCUGUAUUUCCAGCUUCAGUACAGCUUGUUUGCUACUAAGGAUUUUAAGACAUCUUUUUGACGUAGCCUUUCUCCGGUAUUACAUCAGCUUGGGCAGAAAUGAUUUAAAAAAUAUAAAUAAAUGUGAAUCUUAUCAUAUGCUGAAAACUGAGACUUUGAAGUAAAUGAAGAAGCUGAAUGGAUUAAAGUUGCAUUCUGCCCUUCUAGUCUAUGCAGGUGUGAUUGCGACUAUUAAACCAUUAUAUUGCUUUUGUUCUUUUGUAUUGCAUGUGAUGUGUGUGUAGUGUUAUAGUAAAGAAACCCUGAAGUGAAUACUGUAGUGGGAAAACAGGACAGUUCUUUGUUUACUCAGUGCCUCAUGCACUGUAUUGCUGUUUUGCAUAUCAGUGUUUGCAGUGAAAAUAAUAGACAUGAAUUGUGGGAUCACAACUGAAGACUUUAUCAGAUUAGAGGAUAUUACCUGACGCAUCAAAAUAGUUUCUGAAGUUUUUAAAAAGAUGUUUCUAUAAGCAGAAUAUGAGAAAGAAAAUGGAGUAAUGAGUAAUUAAGCUUAGGAAUGUGUAGGAUUUGCACGAUAUUUCUUAGAAGAUGCUAGCAACUUAACUUUUUUAAACUCUUUAUUUGGUUUUAACAAAUCCAUCAACAUUUAAAACAGUGUAUAACAAGAUAAACGAUAACUAUUUAUAAAAGUCCAUAUCAAGAAUAUUUAUAUAUUCUUAACCAUUAAUACUUUUCCAGUAAAUCUUUGAGCUUUUGCCAAGAUAUGAACUGAUGAGUUAUGUUUAAAGUUUUCUUUCUUAUAGUUGACAACUCAUUUUUACAGACAGUCUUAGCUAGGCACACAAAUUCACCAAAUGCUAAUUAUUCAGUUUUACGUUUCCAUUUUUUUUGUUAUAACUUUUCUUGCAACGGCAAGUAUUGUCCAAAGAAGAGGUAUUUGAAAAAUAGGUACAGCUGCUGGAACUGGGACAUUAAAUAGCAUCAAGGAGUCAGUAAUAAUGCAAUUGUCUGAUCACAAACCUGAGAAAAGUUUCUAAGAUCACCCAAAAGGAAGUUUGUUUGUGUCUUUCGGCUUUUCCCGGUUAGGGAUCGCCACAGCUGAACUCCGGUCCGCUAAUGAUUGGUAG